AUGUUCUUUAGAAACGGUCUCAACACAGUCUUCUGCAAGGUGUCAUACAGGAGGAUCAGCAUCAAAGGUCACAGCUUGAGGUCUGGAAUCCCCUGUGACCUGGAAUCAGUGGAGCGGCGAGGACUGGGGUAUAGAAGGCAGCCCUCCCGAGGUCAGGACAUCAGUGUCUCACCAGGCGCAGUUCAAGCAAGGUCUCGUUCUUCCCUCCGUCCUUCUCCCCAGAACACCGCCGAUAUGAAGAUCUUCGUGGCCGUCCUUAUCCUUGGCUCCGUGGCCUCCUCACAGGCCCUCUUCUUCGACCUCUUCAAGAAGGAGUCGCAGGUUGAUCCCUGGACCGCACAGGCCGCGGACCCUUGGGCGCAGCCUGCGGAUCCCUGGCCACAGCCAGCCAGUCCUUGGGCCAAGCCAUCAAUCAAGCCCGUCAUUAAAGAGGUGCCCAUCUACAUCCCUUACCCCAAGCUGGAGCCCGUGCAGUUCGUGAAGCCCUUCCCGGUCUUCAAGCCGGAGUUCGUGUCGGCGCCCAUCCCCCUGUACAAGCCACAGCUCUCUCUGCCCAACAAGUUCUUCAACUUCAACGCUAAUUUGGAAGCGCAGAAGCAGCAUUACCAACAAGCCCAACAACAGCAGUACCAAGAAGCUCUGCAAAAGUACCAGCUCGCUCAGCAGCAGCAAUACCAUCAAUACCAGCUCGCCCAGCAACACUACCAACAAGCCCAACAGGCACAGCAGCAGCAGCAGCUACAACAACAUCACCAGUCUACAACCAGCCCUUCAACCGCGUACGAAGCACCUGAAGCACAUAAUCACUAACCUCUGGUGGGUCCCCAUGCGUCCGAGCUCAGCGUCGAGAACUGCAAGGUCCCAGCACUUCGGCUUAUCACCGUUUUAUUAUUUAUUUAUUAAUUGUCUAAACUAAAUAAACGUGUUAACUGAUCAGACUGAUCAAUAAAAUAAUAGCAAAUGCA